CUGACGUCAGGGCGCGGCGGCGCGGAGGUCACGGGGCGCGCGGGGCGAUGGCGGCGGCCGGAGGGUGCCGGAAAUGUCUCCUCAGUGGCCCGUGGCUGCUCUCCAGGCGUUACCCCAUCCCUGCCCUGCCCAGGAGUGCCCUGUACAGGAUCAGCAGCCCUGCCCUGGGCACCCCUCAGUCCAGGUGCUACUCCUCGGGGGGAAGGAAGGGAUUCAUCUCAGGUUUUGUGGAGAACAUCAAGCAGGAGUUAGCCAAAAACAAAGAGAUGAAGGAAAGCAUCAAAAAAUUCCGGGAUGAAGCAAAAAAGCUGGAGGAGUCGGACGCGCUGCGGGAAGCAAGGAGGAAAUAUAAAACCAUUGAAUCUGAAACAGUGAAGACCUCAGAAGUGAUUAAAAAGAAACUUGAAGAAAUAACAGGGACGGUUAAAGAGAGUUUGGAUGAGGUCAGCAAGAGUGACCUGGGCAGGAAGAUCAAGGAGGGGGUGGAGGAAGCUGCCAAAACGGCCAAACAGUCUGCAGAGUCUGUGACCAGGGGAGGGGAGAAGCUGGGCAGGACUGCAGCCUUCAAAGCCAUCUCCCAGGGAGUGGAAACUGUGAAGAAGGAAAUAGAUGAGAGUGUUUUGGGCCAGACAGGUCCCUACAGGCGCCCGGAGCGGCUCCGGAAGCGCACGGAAUAUUCCGGAGACAGGAUCAAGGAGCAGCGAGUGUUUGAAGCCAAUGAGGAAGCCAUGGGCAUGGUGCUGCAUAAAGACUCCAAGUGGUACCAGCAGUGGAAAGAUUUCAAGGACAACAACGUGGUUUUCAACAGGUUCUUUGAGAUGAAGAUGAAAUACGACGAGAGCGACAACGCCUUCAUCCGAGCGUCGCGCGCCGUCACCGACCGCGUCACCGACCUCAUAGGGGGGCUGUUCUCCAAGACUGAGAUGUCGGAGGUGCUGACGGAGAUCCUCAGGGUGGACCCCUCCUUUGACAAGGAUCGCUUCCUGAAGCAGUGCGAGCGCGACAUCAUCCCCAACGUGCUGGAGGCUCUGAUCUCCGGGGAGCUCGACAUCCUCAAGGACUGGUGCUAUGAGGCCACCUACAGCCAGCUGGCCCAUCCCAUCCAGCAGGCCAAGGCCUUGGGGCUCCAGUUCCACUCCAGGAUCCUGGACAUCGACAACAUCGACCUGGCCAUGGGGAAGAUGAUGGAGCAGGGCCCGGUGCUGAUCAUCACCUUCCAGGCCCAGGUGGUGAUGGUGAUCAAGAACCACCAGGGGGAGGUGGUGGAAGGGGACCCGGACAAGGUGCUGCGCAUGCUCUACGUGUGGGCCCUGUGCCGGGACCAGGACGAGCUCAACCCCUACAUGGCCUGGAGGCUGCUGGACAUUUCCUCCUCCAGCACGGAGCAGGUGCUCUGAGCAGGGCUGGGCCCUUCCCACCCCUCUGGAAGCAGCUCCAGCCUGGAAUUCCCCACGGGGAGCAGCCCAGGCUGGGGGUUUGGGAGAGCUCCAGCUUCUCCCAAUCCCUGAGGAAUGGGAAUCCCUGCUCGGGAACGUCUGGGACGAGCAGCUGCUGCUUCAUCCUCGUGCCUCAGGAGGCUCCUGGGCAGCUGGGAACCCCCAAAGCUGCCAUUCCCACCUGCUGGCACCCUUGGAGAUCCCUGGAAAGGCCUUGGAGGGGCUCCUGGCUGCCAGUGUCCUGCCCGGGCUCCAGCCUCGCGUCCCUGCCGUGUCUUGCACUUUCCCAAACCAAAUACAACCAGGACUUUGCACAUGGAGGUGUUGGAUCCUCAGGUUGGUGGUGGGAUGGGGCUGAUCAUUGGAUCUCCAGGGGUGAGGUUUGUUUGUGCACAGCUUGGAAGGGGGGAUGUUGGUGGUUCUGGUCCCAAAGAGCCACAGGGUCCCUUAGGGUGGUGGGGAGGGGGUGGGACAGGAGGGGGAGGGCAGAGGGGGUGUCUGAGGAGGGGGACAGCUUUGGGAACGCUGAAUUUUUCUGUUCCAUCCUGUCUCAAUCCCAGGAGGAAAGCUGUGCUCCUUGCUCAGCUCUCUGGGCUUGUCUGCCCCUCAUCCCUGCACAGAUCCCAGGUCCAGGAGCAGAAACUUCCCCACUUUGCUGCUGGAGCGUGGGGUGAAAUCCCCUUUCAGGCCCAAUCUAAAAAAUGGGGUUUGAAAAUCCCAAAUCAUGGAAAAAAUUCCCCAAAUUCAGGUCCCAGUGGCAGAAUUCAGUGGGGUUUGGACCCUCUCCUUGAGCUUCUCUCUGCUGGGAGAAGGAGCAGGGGAGUGGCUGAGGAGGAGCAGAAAUUGUGGGAUUUGGGCUUCUGGAGGGGUUUGGGAACUUUGGGAGCUCAGCCAGGCCGAGGCACCACCUGCCCAUGGGAAAGGAGCUUGGGAGAAGGUUUGGAGAGGAAAUCCAAGGAUUGCUGUGCUGCUGAGGGUGAGGCAGGAGAGCUCUGCCCUGCCAGAGUGAUUAAAGAAAAUAAUUCCAGUUCCUCUUCUCUUGUGAGUGUCCAGAGCUUCGAACAUCCCUGGGUCUUCCCUGAGCCCUUUUCCUUUGGGAUGUGACAGCUCCAGCAGCAGAGGCUGCCCCAGCCCUUGCAGCAUUCCCAGGCUCGGGGAUGUCACAUCCCCUGUGUGGAUCAGGACAGGCUGGGGUGGCAUUUGGGUCCCAGGCAGCCCAGGGAUGCUCCAGGCUGGAAAUCUGGGAUGGAGCAAGGCCAGGGAAGGGGCUGAGGGAGCUGGGAGGGGGCUCAGCCUGGAGAAAAGGAGGCUCAGGGGGGCUCUUGUGGCUCUGCACAGCUCCUGACAGGAGGGGACAGCCAGGGGGUGCCCCCAGGGGACACCAGGACAAGAGGGAACAGCCUCAGGCUGUGCCAGGGGGUUUAGGUUGGAUGUUGAGAAAAUUCCUUCAUGGGAAGGGUUGUAAAGCCCUGGCACAGCUGGAAUCCCCAUCCCUGCAGGGAUUUAAAAUCCACGGGGAUGUGGCACUUGGGGACAGGGCCAGGGCUGGCCUGGGCAGGGUGCUGGGGGCUCUGGAGGCUUUUCCAGCCCCGGGGGGUUCUGUGGCUCUGGGCACUGCCAGCCCUGCCCGGGCUCCAUCCCCGCCGUGCCUGCGGGGUUGCCAUGGGGAUGGGGAUGCUGGGAUGCUGACUCAGAGCUGCUCUGCCAGCUCUGACAUCCCGUGGGCUGCUCCCAUCCCUCGUGGGGGGCUCUGAGCCCCCACGCCUUCCCAGGCUGCUCCAAACCUGCAGCCCGGCCUCGGGCACUGCCAGGGAUCCAGGGGAAUUCCACUCCAGGGCCUCCCCAGCCUCAGGGAGGGGUUGGAAUGAGAUGAUUCCAACCCAUUCCAGGGUUCUGUGAUCCCAGAGCUGCCCCUGGGAAGGCUGGGCCAUCCCUCCCUGUUACCCCAAGGCUUUUGGGGCUUUUCCCCAGAUCCUGCAGCGCUGGAGUUUGGACAAGCAGCCCUGCCCUGAGGGGUCGCUUCGGGAUUUUCCCAGUUCUGUGCUGGAUUUGAUGGAAUGUGAUGAUCCCUCAGUGCUCUUUGCUCCUCUGUUCCUCCCUCCAGUGCAUUUUUGGGGUGCAGCCCCUGCUGCCAGGUGAAAUUGUCCUCCCUGGGCCUUCCUGGCACCGGGGCUCUUCUCUCCAGCCUUUAGCACACAGAGCAUCCCUGCCAAAUGACAGCUCUGAGGGCAGGCCUGAGCCAAGCCCGAGCACCAAGCUCGUUUAGGAACAAUUCAUUAGAGGGGGGAGGAUUUUUUCAAUGAGGUGUUUUUCAUCUGGGAACAGAGCUGGGACAGAUCCAUGGAGCAGCAGCCUCCUGUGCUGCCUCUCCAGAGCUCAGCUCCUCUGCCAAAGCCUUGGAGAUGGUUUUGGGGUUUUUUUUUUGCUGGUGAAUGAUUCCAAAAUGAUUCUUCUCCUGUCUCAGAUCAGCUCCAAGAGCUGUGAGUUCUCCCUGGAGCUGCUGGAAGGAGCGGGGGCUUUGGCAGGCUGGGUGGAGGAUGAGUUACUGAGUUCUUCUGGCUCUGACUAUUCCUGCCAAUUAAAAGAAAUAAAUAAAGCUUAAUUAAG